CGUAUCCCGCGGGGGCCGCGCAUUUGCUGGGCUUUGGGCGGGGCGGCGGCUGGCCGGGAGCGCCAGGCCGGAGGUCCACCCUGCCUUUCCUCCUCAAUGUCCCCGCACCGAGGAUUAUAAUAGAAAAGAACCAGCGCCUGACUCUCGUCUUGGCAAAGGGCACGUUUUUCUGCUAUCCUCACAAGCUCCCUAGGGGGUGCACUGAUGUACCCAUCCCAGAAGGGGCGCUGGUGGCCACAGAGUCCUCCGCGGACACUGGUUUUGCCACCGGCGCGCCGCUCCCCGAGCUGGCCAACUGGAUUUCUGCACGGGUGUGAAGGAUCUCAGCACAGAUUGGGCCACCUAGCUUGCGACUGUGGUCAAGCUGAGCCUGCGUUUGGAGAGAACCUCGGGUACUGUGCAGCCUGCUGCCAUUUUCAAUGGCACAAGGAGAAUCUGCCUUCCAAGGGCUUCACAAAGCCCACGCCCAGGCUGGCAUUGCCCACCUCCCUGGAUGGCCAGAUGCGGGUGUUCAUGAGGAAGGGCCUGGAUGACUUUGGGAGCGGCUCUCUCCCCCGGGUUUGUCACGGAGCUCCCCAACCUGCCCCAAAGAAGAGGCAGAACAAGCUGCCCGUGGAAGUGGCCCUGCCUGCCAAGCUCCUGGCAGCCCGGCAGGCAUGGAGGGCAUUCCUGGAGGACGUGGAGGCCCAGUUGGCCCCGCACCCCUUGGCUCUCUACCCACAUCUGGAAGAAGAUAUGCCUGUAGAGCUCUUAUUAAAGGUGCUGGAAGUGCUGGAUCCUGACAGGAAACUGGAGGACUCAUGGGCUUAUUGUCAGGGCAUCAGGAAAAGAACAAAGGAACCCACACAACUUUUAAAAAAAUGUUCCACCCAAGUCAGCCUGGGACUUUCUAAGAAGAGCCCUGUGUCACAUCCAGGCCAAUGGCUUUAUGAAGAAAAGAAGCCAGUUGAAACACAUUUGCUCCAUGAAGGUGGUCCUUAUCAUGAAAACGUACACAAAGUGGUUCGUGACUUCUGCAACUGGGCUACUACUUUUGGAAGUUCACACAUUGAUGAAGAAUUCAUCCUGAAACAAUUUGACAUUGACUAUCAGAGCAAACCAAGCUGUGAUGUAUUCCACCCGAUAAGGCCUAGUCAGGUUCCUCUGGAGCUAAAGAAGAGAGUGGAGCUAAAUAAACUUCAGAAACUAGAAUUUUCCCAGAAACUAGACUCUGAGAAGAAACUCCAGAAACCACAGACUCUCAGGCCUGCUGCUCUGCUCUUUGGUGUUCUGAGCUUUCCCAUGACCUCUCCUUGGCUCACAAUAGUCUCUCUGCCUGAAGUGCCCCUCCUCCCAUGUCUCCCUGCUCAUAGCUUCCUCUGGACACAGAAUCCUUGUAAACCAAAAUAUGUGAAGAUGAGGUAUGGAGCAUGGUAUCUGAAAACUGACUUGUGGAAAAAGCAAAGAGUAGAUGAACCUUUGGUUGACCCCAAGAUCUCAUGUAAAGCUCAAGAUGAGAAUUGUAAAAACCAGCUUCAGGGACAGGAGUUACUUGCAGACCUUCAUGGAAUAGCUGCCUUUAAGGAUUUCAUUCUAAGCAGGGGCUACAGGAUGCCAAGCCUGACACUGUGAAGACACUCAAGCUGCCUGAGGAUCAGAGCAAAGCACUGCAAAGAACUGAAGCCUUCAAAUAGCCAGUGAAUCAGCCAUCUUGGAAGUCCAACCCCCCUGAGGCUUCAGAUGAGACUGCAGCCCCUGCGGACAUCCUGACUGUAACCAUAGGAAGGUCCUGCGCCAGAACCACCCAGCUAAGUUGCUCCUGAAUUCCUGACCCAUAAAAACUGUGCUAAUACUUGUUGUUUUAAACCAUUACAUUUAUUUUCUAUGCAGCAGUAGAUAACUAAUAGAGAUUUUGGUGUCUGUAAGUGGGAUACAGCUGGAACAAAAACCUAAGAUGUGGAAGAGAGCGGGAGAACUGGGUUGUGGUAUGAAGCUGGAAGAUCUUUGAGCAGAGUGUCAGUGAAAGCAAGCUUAAGGAGAUUUGAAGACACUGUUAGCAGAAGCGUCAUGCACUGUGAGGAGGCUGUGGGUGAAGGCUUGCAGGGAAAUGAGGUAAACGCUAUAAGAAACUGGGGGAAGUGGUCUCCUUGUUAUGUAAUAGCAGGAAGUUUAGGUAUACAGUCAUUUGAAAUAGCAUGAAAAAUAGAAAAGGUACCUAAUGAGCUGAGUGGUGUAACUAUGAGAUUUUUAUAUACAGAGUGUUGAAUGUAGUGCCUGUUUUCUUCUUGCUGCUUGUAGUUAAAUGCAAGGGGAGAUAGAUAAGCUAAGAAAAGGGCAGUUUAAAAAAAAAGGAACCAAGACUUGGUGCUUUUGAAAAUUCCCAGCCUCUCAGAUGACAAAUGAUGUUUAAAUUAAGAAAAGAUUUUGUAGCAAAGAUCAAAUUCAAAAGGGCACAUAAAAGGACACUUCCAGGAAACAUGAUCUAAACAUGAAUCCAAGGAUGUCAUUGUUAAGUCCCUUGUUAAGACCUCAGAAAGAUCAAAGGUGGUGCUAUUCACGUUUUGUACUAUUCAGUCUACAUCCAUCAGAAAGGCAAAUAUUAGAAAGGAGAUGUGGUGUUGCUGGUGGGAGAGUAAGCAAGUACUAUUCAGUCACAUGGAAGUCCUACUAAAAUUAUUAAGUGUGCCUCGCAGAUUUUCUUAAUGAAACAAUAGAGCUUCUAAAACUGAAGGAUGUUCCUCAGCAGAAUCUCAAGAUAGAAAAGGGCUUAUCUUGAAGAGAUAAGUGGUUUGGCUUUUGAAUAAUGGUGUGAUCUCCAUAAGAUUCACAGGAGACCUGCAAAGUUUUUGAAGAAUUAGACUGGCAUGAACACUCCAGCUUGGACAAAACAGCAGGGUCUGAUAAGGGGAUAAGUGUAUUUUGCCUCUGCUCUGGAUGCCCCUGACAUCACCCUUAAAUGAUUUCUAUUUUUCCCUUCCUAAUGCCCUCCCUUCCUCCCUCAUUUCCUCUUUAAACCUUGUGUUAACCUUACUCCUCAGUCUUCUUUCUACUUAAAGUGAGGUCCACAGACCAGUUCAGUAUCCAUUGGCAACUUUGUAGAAAAGCAGAAUCCCAGGCCCCACACCAGACCUACUGAAUAGGAAUCUGCACUUAGCAAUAUCUCCAGUGCUUCCUCUGCACAUUAAAGUUUGAGAAGCCCUGGUUCAGAACUAUUAUCCUCACUGGUCUGUGUAAGGCCCUUCUCUUGUUAUUUACUUAUUCAUUCCCUCUUUAUUCCAAUGCCCAUUCCUAUCCUUCUGGCCACCAAAGACACUCUCUUUAUUGGGUUUAAGAACUGGUUUUAAAUAUGCAUGUGUCUUUGAAACCUAAGUAUUGUUCUUUUGAGUGUAUAUGUAUUUUCACUAUACAUAAAUGCAUUGUACUAAAAAGCUUAUUGCUUCUUAACUUUCAGUCACCAUUAUGUAUUCAAGAUUUAAUUACAUUGCUGUGUGUAGAUCUAGUUCAUUGUUCUAAUUACUGCAUUGUAUUUCAUAGGCUUCCACUAUGUUUUACCUGGCUAUUUUCCCAUGAUGGGCAGCUAGGUGACCUUGAACUCAACAUUGCCCCAAAUAACAUCAUGUGUCCCCUUAAAGUCUCGUAAGCAUUUUCUCUGGGCCAUACAUGUUCCAGAGGAGGUUGCUGGGUUAUGAGGUAUAUGCAUACUUUAUUUCACUGGGUCCCUGUUCUCCAGGUUGCUCGUACUUGCUUACUCCCCAACCAGCAACAUCAUGUGACUUUUCUGAUGGAUGGAGAGUUGUGUGAUACCAUUGUUUUAAUUUGAAUUUAUCUAAUUACCAGUGAAUUUGAGGAUUUCUGCAUCUUUUUCCUAGCCAUUUAUUUAUGCAACCAAAAAUUACUGUGAGUACCUGCUAUGUUCCAGGCAUUGUACUACACACUAGCAAAAAGCAUCUCCUGCCCAUAUUAUUUUGGAUCUCAUGUCCUUUUUCGGGGGUCAGUUUGUAAGAGUUCAUUGUAUAUCAACAUAUUAAUCCCUUGUCAGUUUUAACAACACAAAAAUCUUUUCCCCAUCUGGAUCUAUCUGCUGACUUUGUCUAUGGCAUCUUUCAUUGACCAGAUAGCCUUAUUUUGAUGAAGUCAAGUUUUGGGCCCUCCUGUGUUAUUUAAUAUGACACUGAUAGUCUCCUGGAUUUUGUCCAAUUAGCUUUGUAGUUUUACUAUUUACCUUUAUUCCAUCUGGAGUUUGUUAUUUUUUGUGGUACAAAGUAGUAAUCUAACUUUAUGUUUCUGUAUGCAGUGAACUAAUUCUCCCAACACAGAUUUUCCUGUUCUCAAAAGGUUUCAUCAUUUCACAUAAGAGAUCUCAGCCUUGAGUCUAUUCUGGAACUAAGAUGAGUCAGAGGUUUGCAAACAGUUGCAGUCAGAAAAUGUCUCUGUGAAAUCUGAAGCUGGGCAGCUCCAGUGUGACUGCCUAACAGAAAGGUUUGCCUGUGGUUAAUAUUCUGCGGAGUAGCAGGAGCCAGAGGCUUGAUGGUGACAGACAGGUGCUGGGGGUAGUAAGUACAUUCCUGAAAUGAGGCCAGGGCUUUUGGAGAGAGGAAUUAUGUGGCAAGAGCAAGGCUGCAACUCACCAUAAAUGUCAGAACACUUCCACAGGGGUUCUCUGGUGUCCCGCAUCUAGAUUUGCACACCUACUUCUAAAAUUUAUACUUUGAAAUUUGGACAUGGUUUAACAGCUGUUAGGAUUCAGUUCAGCUAGAGUUUCAGAGCAUGGUCCUGGGAGGUCAGAAUACUGGGUUCAAAUCUCAGCUCAGUCACUCAUCAGCUGUGAGACUGUGGGCAGAGUACUUCUCUGAGGGCAGUACAUGGGAUGAUCCUUACAAAGUACUUAGCCUAGUGCCAGUAUGUAUUGGGUAUUCAGUGAGUAAAGACAAUAAAAGGCCUAUUAGAUAAUACUUUGCAUUUCAAGGAAUACAAAGAAUAAACAAAGCACCCUCAAGGAAUUUUCUAUUAAUAUGGGGAUGAGAUAAACCAAAGAUAAGAGAUCAUAUUGUCACAGAGAACCUUGUAUUUUGCUCUAAGACAGUUAUAAUAUGUGAUCAGAGUUCAAAGGAAAGAAUGACCUACCAAUUUGAGGGCAGACUGGGGAGUGGGGUUGCUGGCUGGAGAAAAGUUUCAUGGAAAGAAGUGGCUUUUAGGAAAUGUCUAGACCAAUGAGUGAAGGUUCCUAUGGGAGAACCCCCUUUGGCUGGAGAGCAGAUAAAGGGUAAAAGAAAGGCCUGGAGAGGUCACUGGGGACUGUCAUAGAUACCCUGAAGGCUACAACCGGUUGAAUUUAAUCUGGCAGAUGGGGAGUUGCCUUCCUCCCUGCUCGAGGCCACAAUUUGGAGGAUUAAAUCAGGAGUGGUUGCACAGUGGAUCCCACCAGAGGGGAGGUGCAGAGUCGAAACAGGAAAUGAUUGUAGAACUUGUCACAAAAUUAGGUGAGGUCUGGAGGUGGAAGGCCUUGGGGAUGCCAGGGAAGGGAGAGGCCAGGACUGAACAGCAGGGCCCAGGAGAGGCCUCUCCAGAGGCGGCCUCUUCUCCCAGCACUGCUUCCACUUCCUGGACUUUCCUUAAAACCCCCACUGGAUUUCCUUCCUCUCUUUCGGCUGAUAAACUCCCUCUCUGCCUCCUUUGUACCUAAAUUGUUUCUUAUGUCCAUUCUUUUCUUUUUUCAUGCCUGUCCCCUCUCCUUUCACCCGAGGACAAUCCUUUCAGUGUUCCUGGCCCGUGGCUGCCUCUCCCUUAAGGAAUUCCCAAGAAGUAUUUCCUAUCCUUGUAUCCUCAGUCUCAGUCUCCACUGGCUCUUUCCUGCUAACAAACCAGCCCAGGUCUUUCUUGAUCUGAAAGAACUUCCCUUGGGCCAUGUUUUAUUCUUAAGCAACACUUCAAUUUCUCCCCUACCUUUUGUCUCCAAAUUUCCCAAGAGAGGGCUUCAAUGUUGGACUCCAUAGUCUUCAUCGCAUUUAUACCUCAGCCUUUCAAAACUGAGCACCCAACCCCACAAACACUCCUGAGUCACUGAUGAUCUCGGUAUGUCAAACCCAACUGUUUUUCUCAGUCAUCCAUCCACUUAAAUUCUGCUGAGCAGCACUGCCAUCCCCCCACCCACCAGUGGCUUCUUGCACUGGUUUCUGAACCUGUUUUGGAAACAAGUCUCCCGAUUCUCUGAUUUCUAGCUCUUCCGUCCCAUCCUCUUUAUGGCCCUUGCCCUGUGAACAAGGCUGCUUUGCAUCAUUUUGUACUCAUCCUUCUGCACCAGAAGUGAGCAAUUUUUUCUUGCAUGAGGUUAAAGAAAAAAAUAUAUAUGUAUAACUUAAAAAAUAUCCAUCCAUAUUUACAUUUAUUUAUAUUGUUUAAUAGAAUGAGUAACAAAAUGGGUGCUAUAUUUUAGCCCCUAAAAUGUAAUAUCAACACAUAAUUGUAAGAUAAACUGCAAUACGGUGCCAACUUUCCAAUCUUUCUUCCUGACAUGCCAAGCACCGAAGCUAGGCACAUCCUGAUUUCCCUUUGUAACAUUAAUCUCUACUAUAGAUUUAACUGCCACCUUCCUGUGAAAAAUAUCCAAUACCUCUUCCUAAACUACUGACAGCGCCAGUUCCAUCUUCCUGCUAGUGCUUCAAAUUUAACACAUCACAGCAUAACUCACUACCUUCUUCCCUCAUCUCUAUCCAAUCUGUUUUCCUUUUAUGUUUCUGGCUUCCUAGGCUCAAAAGGUCUUCUAUACAAAGAACAUUACUUUGUAACUGUAUAGUGAUAAACAAGGUAUAGUCCAUGCAGUAAGAAUGUUUUUAGAAUGUGUGGAUGCAGACUUUUAACUAUGGUAGUGUGUGUGGGGUGGGGGAUGAUGACGGGAUAUUGUUUACUUUAAAAAGCAGCAACACAGAAAUCAAUGAGUAAACAUUUAAGUUUAGAAAAGCCAAAAGGAAGGCCAAGUAAAUAAUGUUCUUUAAAAAUGUGUGAUUAAUCUGAUGCAAUGUAAAAAGGAUUCUGAAGGGUGGGAAGAGUUAUGUCAUUUUCUGUUAUAUUUUUAAUAAAUGAAACAGCAAUUCAUAACAGCAAUAAACCUUAGUCUUCUAGGUAUUAGAAAUGAGGACUGGGGCCUGCAUUCUAGGAUUUUACAGAUCCUCUGGGAGGAUUUAUCAUGAGCACAUUGAUAAAAAAAAAAUGACCAAUGAAGGAGCAACUUAAGUUAUCAGUGAGGAAAUAAAAUGUUCCAGGAUUUUCAUACUAUUUAUAAAAUUACUCUAUUGACU